GACUAGUCUCUCGGCAGCUCGUCUCCCUCCCUCUCCUCGCGCACCCAAGAGGCCAUCCAUCUUUCCUCCCCCGACCCCAUCCCCCUCCUCCUCCUCCUCUCGCACCUUAUCUUACUCGUUUAAAUACCUUGUCCUUCUCGGGCCUCCAGGAGAGAGAGAGAGAGGAACCAACCAGGAAGAAGGGUAGAGAGAGGGGGUGGGUGGAGAGAGAGGGACAAAAGCAUGGCAGUGCGGCCCGGCAUUGGCUGCACCAGCAGCAACGUCCUGGCAAGAGGAGGAUCGCGGUGUCUGGCAGCGGCGUCCCACGCGCCCUCCUCUUCACCUGUCUUCCUCCUGCACGUCAAUGGCGGCGGCGGCAGCAGCAGGCAGGCGCAUCUCCUCUCGCGCAAGGCCACCGGCAACGCCGCAGGCCUAUUAAGCGAGAGGACGAGGAGACGAGAGCCACGGGCCGUCGUCGUCGCCGCGGCGGCGGCCAAUGUCACGCCGGCGUCGCCCCGCGGCGUCAGCGCCAGCGACGUCCUCUGGCCUUCCGCUGGCGCCUUCUUGGCGAUGGCGGUGCUGGGAAGGAUGGACCAAAUGAUGGCCUUCAAGGGAGUGUCAUUGACAAUUGCACCACUGGGGGCCGUCUGCGCCGUGCUCUUCACCGCUCCAGACUCACCACCUGCCAAGAAAUAUAACAUGUUCGUCGCUCAGAUUGGUUGUGCGGCCAUCGGUGUGCUAGCCCUUUCGUUGUUCGGGCCCGGAUGGCUAGCAAGGGGUGCAGCUCUUUCUGCAUCCAUAGCAUUCAUGACCAUCACAGGCUCUUCGCACCCUCCAGCUGCGAGCUUGCCUCUCCUGUUUAUUGAUGGUCCGAAGUUUCACCACUUACAACUUUGGUAUGCACUUUUCCCUGGGGCUGCCGGCUGCGCCAUCCUUUGCUUGAUUCAAGAAGUGGUGGUUUACCUGAAGAAGAACUGCAAGUUUUGAUUCAAGCGGUGGCUUUUCCUGAUUCUUGAUGGUUGUUUGAUUAUUAUCAAACCUGUGGCAUACAUAAGUUGACGAAGCGGCCUUUGGAUGAAGUUGAUAAAUGUAGAUUUAGUCUUCUUGGUUCAUUUACCAAGGAAAAGUAGUAGGAAAAGAAGCUGAUUCUGCUUCAUAAUUGUUAUUGAUCAUUGGUUCACAUCAUGAAAAUGUGAAGUACAUAUAUACCAAUCCGAAUGGAGCGUGAUAUUUCGACACAGAAA